ACUGAGCUCUCCCUCCACUUUCUGUUCAGCCCUCCACUUGCCAGUUGGACAGAGACUGGACCCACGGAGCUGCUUGGUGUGCGUGCAAAGGGAUGUGACACGCUUUUUAAAAAAAACAUUUUUUAUUCCCGUUUGGACUUCAACGUAUAUUUUUUUUCUCACCUGGACAUUGCAAUGUCUGAAAGCAUUGUGAGGAAGGUCCAGCCCUUCACCAUUGGGACGAGACUCUCAGUCCCGGCGGUGCCAAAAUGCCAGGAGUUUACACAGAGUUACCUGCAGAGCCAGCAGAGCCUGGAUAACUGCCCUCUGCAACACAACCUGAACUCGCUCUACCUCAGUCGGCCCCAGGUCUGCGCACGCGGCCCCUGUCUGGCGUCCCCCGCCGCGAAGCAGGUAGCACCCGCGAAACACAAUCAGGAGGACAUGGCCGCCGAGGACGACCUGAACCGGAAUGUCGCCUCUCCCUCUCCUGUCUCAAGGUCCAUCAAGAAGAUCACCAUCUCUGGGAGUAAGGACAUUUCACAGGACAAGGUGCUGCAGCUUUCCGUGCCGGGGUCCACAUCUGAAAACAACAAUAACAACAACAACGUCACCAGAACAUCAGAAGCACAUCUGCCCAGGAUUGUGGGACUGAGUUGUGAGAAUAAGCCCAGUUCUCACUUCAAGGUUUUACUCCGUAGAGACCGGAGCGAUGACCUCCAGUCCUCCGGGGGACAAACCAGCCUGCGACUGAGGGCAGAGAAACCCGACCAACAGAUCUCGGUGCCUGAAGCGCAGCGGAAGGAGCCUCAGAGAGGAGAAAGUCAUGCGCACGCACACAAUGGAGCGUCGGCAGCGGUUGCGUCCCAGAGCGACAGCUUCACUCAGCGCAACUCGCUCUUCAACAAGGAAGCGCUGCAGGCAGAGGCGUGGAUCAAAGGCAAGAUGCAGGAUUUGAAGGAUGGAUGUAACAUUCAGCGCUGCCCCCUGCAGGACUGGGAGGAAGCCUCGCGGACGCUUCAGAGGGACGUCAAAGACUUUGAGAACAUCCUAAUUCAACUCAACCAGAUGGGUGAGCAGUUGAUCUGCAAGCUGAACCCCACCUCUGAUCUGGUGAAGAAGCAGCUCAGCCAGCUCCGGGACCAGUGGCAGACCCUGAAACAGACGGCCUCGAACCAGACGAGGGCGCUGGGCGGAGCCAAGAACCUGCAGGAGUUCAACAAGAAGGUGGAAAAGCUGGAGGCGUGGAUUAAAAAGAAGCAGGAAGAGGAGCAGUCUCUGGGGAACGUCCUGGGAAGAAAUGUUGACAAAAUGCAGCUGACCAGGAGAAUUUUAGAUCUGAAGCAGGAGGAGCAGCUGUACAGAAACCUACACGAGGAGAUCAACCACUUGGCCCUAAAGCUGGAGAAACAAGGGAAGACGGAUGUCAAAAACAUCUCCAGCAAGAGGAAAAACAUCAACAAAAUGUGGCUGAAGGUCCAGUCUCAUCUGAAAAACCACCAUGAAAAUCUUCAGCUGGCACUGGAGGUGUCCUCUUUCUACCAACAGGCCGACAAUACCUUGUUUGCUAUUAAUAACAUGUGGAAAAGCAUAUCGGCGUCCAAAGAUCUGGACGGCUUUGGAGACCGAGAAAUACGCGACAUCGCCAGUCAAAUAAUGGUGCUCGAUGUGAGCGUGUCCCAGGUGUCAAACCUCCACCCCGCCCUUGCUGCCGGCGUCACGCAGAAACAGAGCGAGGUGAAGGACUGCUGGGCGCUUCUUCAGAAGGCUUUCAGGCGAGACAGCAGGCCGAGCGUACCGCCGACAACUUCGGUGGCCCCGACGGACGGGCCCACGCUCCCCCCCAGCGGCUCCGCUUUCACCAGGGAAGAUGCCGACCCCCUGACACCAGCCCGAGAGCCCCGGUGCAACGUGGGAACCGAGACGCAAAGGAUCAUGGGAAAGGAGGUGAAGGAGGAGCAGAAUCGUCUGAAAGGCUGCGUAAGCACUGUCAAAUGUGGGAUCGGCAGGAGAGCACAGAGCCAGGAGCAGCCAACAACAAACCGCACCUCCACACCCACGGGAGACGGCCCCGCCUGUGUCAAUGAUGUCAUCGGCGGACAUCAGUGGAAGGGGGAAAGCAGCAGAAAGCUCGGAGCAGAGCCCCGGCUAGCCGCCGCCGCCCCGCGAGGCCACCCACAGCUUCACACCCAGCUCCAGAAGUUCACCGUGUCCGCCGACAAGACAUUGUCCUGGCUGAAAGACAACGUGUCCAUGGCAACACAAGUGUGUUCAAUAGCCAGCUUCGAGGGGCUGGAGGCGGCCAGGAAGUGUCAACACGCUCUGGAGCAAGAAAUUCUCACCAAUGGGGCCAGAAUCGAGGUGGUCAAACGGGAGGGCCACGGGCUGGUCCGCGCUCAGCACGCAGGCAGCGCCAAGAUACAGGAGUUCCUCGGCCAGCUGGAAGUCCUGUGGGAGGAGCUGCGGAGGAGACACCGGAGGAACGCGGCGUUUCUGCAGGCCUCAGAGGAGCUGGGUUUUAGGGUUGUGAAAGUGCUCCAGGCCCUGGGCAGUCUGGAGGCCUGGCUGGAGUCCGUGGAGCUUUCCAUGAAGGAAUCGGCUCUCGCCGGGGACCCUGAGACGAUGAGCAUGGCCGAGAGGGAGAGCUGUCUGCUGGAGAAGGAGGUGGCGGCCCGCCGCCCGGAGCUCAGCACCCUGAGGCAGGAGGUGGAGCGUCUCCAAACCCACAGUCACCCGCACACACGAGGCCUGCCAGCGCGCGUGGAGGAGUUGGAAAGAAAGUACCAUCGGGUCCAAAGUGCGCUGACCCAGCAGAACUCUGAGCUGCAGGACACACGAAUGCUUACAGAGUUCCUGGAGCGCGUGGAGCUGGAGGAGAGCCAGGACCUCACCGGCAGGCGGUACAGUCUGGGCCAGCCUCUUCACAGUGAGAUUUCCUCAGCUCCGUCCUCGCUGGGACUCUGCAGCAGUAGUGGUGGGGAGCCCCUGAUAGAAAGCAUGGGGGACCCUGUGGAGGAACUACGAGAGGCUGUAGAGAUGCUGAACGACACUGUAAGGGAAAGAGGCCGAUCGCAGAGCCACGACCAGGCCGUCCAGGAGCUGUUGAGCAAGCGCGCCAGCCUGGCGGUGCACGUGGAGGAGUGCCUUUGCCGCAGCAAGGAGCUUGGCCUGGACAUCCUGGAGAAGGAGACGGAAUUGGCCGUCCAGUGUGAGCCCGACCGCUGCGGCCUCGAGGCUCUGCAGGAGAAGCAGGACCACCUGGAGAUUGACUAUGAAGUCAUCCGGGAGGAGGUUCAGGAGAUGGAGAACCAGACGUCCCGCUUGGAGCAACUGUGCCCAGAGAGAGUGCACACGCUCGGGCCAAAGAUCCAGGCUAUGCUGGGGGGCUGGACAGAGCUGGGCAAGAGUGCGACGGAGAACAGGUCCCGUCUGCGAGAGUUCAUGCAGCUCCAGGACUUCUUCAGGAGCUACCUCGCCAUGAUCUCGUGGACGGAAGACACCAGGUCGAGCAUAUUCUCCGACACCGCCUUGCAUCUCGGGAGGGAGGGCCAGAGGCCUCUCGCUGCCGAGCUGGACACGCAGAUUGAGCAAAAGUUUGAGGAGUUCGAUGAGCUGGCGGACGCGGGGCGGCAUCUGUUAGACAAAGAACACCACCUCACACAGAUGGUGAGGGAGCGCAUGGAGGAGCUGAGGAGUAUGCUCGGGUGGAUCUCAGUGCACUGGAGGGCCCAGAAACAACAGUGGCUUCACAAGAAGAGCCAACAGGAGCCUCCACAAGAUAACAUUUAUUCCGAAGCCACAGCGUGGACUCCACUGGCAGAGACUUUAUCUCCUGAGCUGGAAGCCCACCAGCCCCUUCCGUCCCGCUUCGUCGUGGCCAAUUACGACGCCUUAAAGGCAGCAGCAGACGGCCAACCCUCGUCGCUAGCGUCCAGACGGGCCGAGCAGCCCGAGGAGAAGCCGUUAGACGACGGGUACGAGGUUAUGAGCGGUAUCGGCCAGCAGGACGCCCACACCCCCUCCUCAAAGUCUCCCAAAUCCGCCAUCGUGGUCCUCAAAGAGCCGAGCAGCCCCGCUUUAGGGGGCACGGUGAACCUCAUCCUGAGUUUCGGGGGACAGGCGGACAGCCAGGCUCAGGCGCUUGACCCCCCGCGUGCUAUGACGGACGAAGUAACGGAGGAGGAUCCCGAGCCUCAGGGCGUCCACAGGCCCACUGUGCCUCAAUCCUCUGCCUGUAAAAGCUUUUGGAGGCGCUGCCAGGGGCUUUUGGAAAAUACUUUCGGUAGUUUAAAGAGAAAGAGAACGAUUUAUCGGCAGAGUGCAAACGAGGUAAGUACCUACCUGCAUGUCAAGGAUAGCAGCCUGGCUGCGGUCCCCGUGUACGAGAGUAUCACCUUUCCCCGCCAAAAGAGCCGCUCUGCAGCCUCGGCCUCCCCAGCUUUCUCCGCGGCCUCCUCCUCGCCGCCGCCCUCGCCGCUUCAGUUGGCCAACGUGACCUUCCGCCACCCGGCGGGGAGCGGCGGCAGCUCCCUCUUCAGCAGCCUCAAGAGAAUGGGCAAGAAGAGGAAGAGGAAGAGAGACGCGCGCAGGCACACCAUUCAGAAAAUCAUGGGGGUGGAGGAGCGUCCGGGGGGGAGGCCGCGUUACGACUGCGAGGCGAUCACGUACGACACGCGCACGUGGCCGCUGAAGGAGGCCAGAAGGAAGAAGAGUUCCCAGGAGAGUGGGGAAGCGGUCGAGGCUCUGGCCUACAUGAAGAACCCCCUGCUGACGGACAUCGACACCGAAUGCGCCGGAGAAUACAGCAUCAUUCCGUAUGCCGUCUCCGAGGGGACGACCACAACUCACGCGAGGAGCCACUGCAGGGUCCUCUCUCUGGGCUCCGUGCUGAGCAUCGACCUGCCCAAGGACAUGACGCUCAUCCCCAGCAUUCAGGACAUCAUUACCAUCGCCCCACCGGAGUGCAAAAUAGGAGCAGGCACUGAUCCGGACCCCCACUCCCAGAGACACACGGCCCUGAGCUCCUUCAAACAGAGUCGGCCCACUCCUGCACGCGGCUCGGCGGAGCUCAGUUUUCCCGCCGCAGUGAAAGAUCCGCCCGACGUGGAAAAGAUUCCCCGAACACAACCUCCGGGCUCCUCGGAGGGCGUCGAGGAUCACAGGGUGCCGCGCAACGGCCUUUCUAAAACCCAGUCCGGCCCUCGCAGGUGCGCGGAACAGGCGCCGGACAAAACGGCGUCCGGGGUCAGAACCAGCACGGCCGAGAGAGAUGCCAACAGCCAGCAUUCCCAUUGCCCCAUUUACGUGAACCAUGCCGGGAAUACAGCCGCACAGUCACACGUGUGCCCAAGUGUCCACACGCUCAUCCGCGACCUAAACGGACACCCGUACCACAAACAUCCAAGGCCCCGGAUUGUGCGCGACGAGAGCCCCGGGCCUCAGAGCCCCGGCCCUCAGAGCCCCGGCCCUCAGAGCCCCGGACCUCAGAGCCCCAGACCUCAGAGCCCCGGCCCUCAGAGCCCCAGACCUCAGGGUCUGAGCCAGGCUUCUCACAUGGUCGUGAGUCUGAAGUCCACGGUGAGCGUUCGCCAGGACUCCGUGGAUUCCGGGAUCUCCACCUCCAGCAGCAUCAAGCUCUGCAACGAGGCGCCGUGUGCGGAUAAGCCGCAGCCCAAGGGCGUGGUGGGGAGGCUCAUGUCCUUCCAGGUGGCAGGUCUGGACUGCGCCGCAGCGAGAGAGGACCCCCUCCCGACGGCCGCGGCUCCGCCGGCGGAGCCGGAAGCGGAGCCCGUCCGCCUCGACCGGCAGCAGUUUGAGGAGGAGGAGGAAGAGCUGGAGGACAUCUGGAACCGGACCACCAACUCCAGGCGCAGCGUCUGCUCGGACAUCAUGUACCAGCCCAACCACGGACCCUCAGACCAGUCCGGGGAGCCCGUCUCCCGCUCAGCUUCACCCGAGACCCCGGCUGAGCGCUACAGGAACCUGGUCACAGCCUCAGCACCCAACCUCCCGGUGGCAGAAUUCAAACUUCAGAGCUUGCUGGGUUACGACAAGGAGCAGAGGCCCAAAGGUCGCCUCCCUCCACUGGCCACAGGGGACAGGAGGUCCUGGGCAGCCUUUCCGAACACGGAACCCGCAGGCAAGAACGCCGUCUCUGUGAACGAGACGGCAUCGGAUCCGGUGAAGCUGCCAGAUGUGGGGGACAAUCCGAGAUAUAUCUAUCAAUACAGAGAGGAGGAAGAGGAGGAGGCAACGGUGGGGGAGGAGGUGGAGGAGCAUGCAGGUUCUUUGAAGGAACAAUCGAUGAGUCUCCUCUCAGUUCAUAUGAGUUUGGAUGGCGUGUGUGGCCAAAGAAAAGCCUCGCAGAGCCUGGAUGACAUGGAGAAGCAGGAAGGCUCUCUGGCCACAAGAGGGCGUCCUAUCAACCUGAGUGGGAAGCCCGAGCCGCAGUCUAUGGAGGCCACUCUGGAGAGGAAGCAAAAGCUGCAGCUGGGGGGAAAGAAAGCUGCCUCGAGGGGCUGGAACUCCUACCAUGCCGUCCUAUACAGACACACCCUGUGCUUCUACCAGGACAGAAAGGAAAUUCUCAGGAGUUCCGCAUGCGGCCUGCCGCUGAACCUCGCGGGAGCCGAGUGUUCACCCGCCCCGGAGUACACCAAAAAGCCCAACUGCUUCCGACUCCGGCUCCGGGACGGGUCUGAGUAUCUGCUCAACGCUUCCUCCCGCUUUAUGCUGAAGAAAUGGAUGAUGAAGAUACAAGCAAGCACGGGUCUGAUCGAGACUCCGUGUUCGAGCGUCCCCGCUGAUCAGGACCUCCCUGUUUCCACCAAGCCCUCCCUUUGCUCCACCUGUCACGGCACCAAAUGCCAAUGCUCCUGCCGCCGCGACGUCACCUGCACGUUCCCCAGGCGCGAGCCGCCGGGCGGCACCCCCCACGCCAAGGAGACGCUUGUCCUCACCAGGGAGUUCAGUCACAUGCCACAGGCUCGUUUGAGGAGUGUGGACGAGCGGUCGACCGUCUCGUCCUCGGCUGCAGGCCGCCGCGAUGAUGAUGAUGAAGACAGUUUGACGGUGACUCACAGGCCGUCUGGAGCAUCCAGUGACGCCACCUCCUCCUCCUCCUCCCCCCCUGUCUCCAGCAGCGAGGACCGGCUCAGCAACAAGCGGCGCUCCCACUCCUUCACCUCGGCGACGUUUCAGAGGAUCAAACCCACGUUGCACACUGUGGGAGGCGGAGGCCCGGAAAGAGGCUCCAACUACUGCGUGACUCUUGUGGUCGGGGACAAGUCGUCAGGCGGAGCGCCCGUGAGCGAGAGCCCCGGGCCGCCGCUGCUGGCCGCCGCCGGAUGGCGGCAGGAUGCCUGUGAGGAUUCCGCUCUGAGGAGCUACACCAGCCUGCCGAGGCCGCGCACCAAGUCCGUCUUCAAAAAGUUCUUUGGGAAAAGGGACACCUGAGUUUUUACUAACAAAGGUGUGUUGUUGUUUUUUUACAAAUAGUGUGCAGUGCACGUGUUUGUUAAAAAUAUAAAGAAAACGCUACUACUGACUGUAUUUAUGAUCUGAAGAGCUGCCGCAGUUUGAUUUUUGAUGUGUUUUAUAUAGAUCACUUCCAGGCCUUCUGAGUGUUCUCGUGAAAGGAACAAUAUUGUGUGUGUGUGUGUGUGUGUGUGUGUGUGUGUCUGCACCUUGUCAUCGUAGAUGUGAACAUUUUCCUAUAUUUGCUUUGAUAGUUUUUGGAUGGUUGAGUUAUUGAGUAUACGGUCUCUCUAUGAAGAAACGGAGCUGCUCAGGAGAGAGAAUCCGUUUAGAACUCAGUUAUGGUCAAGCGUUCAAUACCCUCAACUUCACAUGUACGCCGUGUGGUGCACCAAAACAUUUUCGUCCUAAUAAUGAAAUCAGCGGUUUGAUACUGCUUGAGCUUGUUUGAUAUUAACACUUUUUUUCAAAAUACAAAAUGUAUUAAAGACUAUUCAUAAUAAAACAUCAAAAACCAA